AUGCUUCCACUCUUUUCCAUACUCCCCUUCUUGGGUGGAGCUCUUAUCUCGACCGUGUCUGCGGCCAGCGUACGGGCUCCCAAGAAUAAUGCCACUAUUCCUGGUGCCUACAUGGUCGAGUUUGAAGGAUCUCCAGAUGUUCGCUCUUUCUAUAAUUCUCUCAGUGCUAAGAACAUCAAGUUCUCCGAGCGCCUGGACUUGAGCUACAGCCUCUUCAAGGGCGCCUCGUUCAAGCUCGAGGAUCUUGUUGAUGAAGAAGAGACGGUCAAGGAAAUCGUUUCCCUCGCGACGGUGAAGACGAUAUGGCCUGUGCGCCGCGUCAACGUGCCCGUCGAGAAGACGAUUAUCACUGGCACCAGCAUCACGCCCGAGCAAGCCGCCAAUGCUCUUCGGAAGCGCCAAGACAACGGCACCGAGGUGGACACUUUCUCAACCCAUGUUCAGACCCAGGUCGACCAGCUCCGUGCCGCCGGAUACACUGGUGAAGGUGUCAAGAUCGGCGUCAUCGACUCUGGCAUUGACUACCUACACCCUGCUCUUGGCGGCGGGUUUGGUGAAGGAUACCUAGUGUCUUACGGUACAGAUCUUGUUGGCGACGACUACACUGGCUACAACACGCCAGUGCCUGAUGAUGAUCCAAUGGACUGCGGUGGACACGGCACUCAUGUUGCUGGUAUCGUUGCGGCUCAGCCAAAUGAGUACAACUUCACUGGCUCGGCCCCCGGCGUGACUCUGGGAGCAUUCAGAGUCUUCGGGUGUGACGGCGACAGUGCAGACGACGUCCUGAUCGCUGCAUUCAAUCUUGCCUAUGAAGCUGGCAGCGACAUUAUCACCGCCUCGAUCGGAGGCUCCUCGGGCUGGAGCGAGGAGCCUUGGUCCGUAGCCACCGAGCGCAUCGUCGCCGCCGGCGUGCCGUGCACACUGUCUGCUGGAAACUCAGGCCAGUAUGGCCAAUUCUUUGCAAGUUCUGCGGCAGACGGAAAAGGCGUCACCUCGGUUGCCUCCUUUGACAACUCGCAAUCUCCUCAGCUUCUGAGUGAGGGCACGUACACCACGAGUGAGGCUAACACUUCCGAUACUUUCGGAUGGGUUGCUAGCUCGAUUCCAUUCCCCAAUGUGACCCUGCCUCUGUGGGCUGUCAGCAACACCACAACGGUCGUCGACGAUGCUUGCUCGCCUCUGCCUGCCGAUACGCCUGACCUGUCCGGCUACAUUGUGCUGAUCCGCCGCGGCACCUGCACGUUCGCAUCCAAGGCGAACAAUGUUGCUGCUUUUGGAGCACAAUAUGUCCUCUUCUACGCCAACUCAGACGUAGUCAUUUCAGGAGACAUGACCGGGGCCAUCGGCAUCCUUGGAGCUGGCAUGGUCUCUGCGGAGCAAGGAGCUGAGUUUGUUGCGGAACUCAAUGCUGGCUUGGACGUCGUCUUAACUAUCAUCGAUCCCCACUUUGCAGGCAUCAUCUACACUUCAGUCCAGAACAAACUCACGGGAGGCUAUGCCAGCGCCUACACAAGCUGGGGUCCAACCUACGAACUUGAUGUCUACCCUGACGUGGCUGGCGUCGGCGGCAAUGUCCUCUCCACAUACCCUCUUGCCCUUGGCGGAUAUGCUGUUCUCUCGGGGACUUCCAUGGCUGCGCCCCAGGUCGCCGCCAUCUACGCCCUCGUCGGUCAGGUGCGCGGCACCUUCGACCCGACGAUCCUUGGGAAUGUUAUAACCAACACUGCCAAGGCCGCCUCGUGGAACGACGGGACAGCUACCUAUGGCGCACUCGCACCGGUGGCCCAACAGGGGCCCGGUUUGAUCCAGGCCUACGACGCAGCUUUCAGCACGACCCUGCUCAGCGUCGGCAGCAUCUCCUUCAACGACACGGAGCACUUCGUCGACAGCUACGCGUUUGCAAUCGAGAACACAGGCUCCUCCAGCGUGACCUACACUCUUAGCAACGUCCCAGCCCUGACGGCAUACACUCUGGCAGAGCCCGCGUCCUGGCCAGCGGCCUUCCCCAACCCGCUCACAGACGCAGCCGCCUCCCUCGCCUUCUCAGAAAGCACCAUCGAGAUCCCCGCCGGCUCCUCGGCCAACAUCACGGUGUCCGCCACCAUCCCCGCGGGGCUCGAGGCCGACCUGCUGCCUGUGUACAGCGGCUACAUCGCCAUCAACGGCACCAACGGCGACAACCUGACCAUCCCGUACCUGGGCGUCGCGGGCAGCAUGUACAACGCGACCAACCUCGACCCGACGUGGACGUACCUCACCACCUACAGCGACCCCGCGCUGGACUUUGUCAGCCCCAACACCACCUUCACCGUGCCGUACCCCACCCUCGCCGAGGCGGAGAACCCCGACUUCAACACCGCCUACCCAGCCGCGACAUACCAGCUCGACCUGGGCGCGCGCAUCGUUCGUGUUGAUGUCGUCCCGCUCAGCUCCGCAUACAACGGGACCACGACUGAGGUCCUGGGAACCACCAUCGCGGGCAGCGUGUAUGGGUACCCUGUUACGUACCUCCCGCGGUACUACUACGUUGCGCCUUUUACGGGUCUGUUGGCUGAUGGGACUGUUGUUGCGCCUGGUCAGUAUCAGUUGGUGGUGAAGACAUUGCGGAUCUUUGGGGACCCGGAUGUCGCGGAGGAUUAUAUCACUAUUGAGACUGUGCCAUUUACUUUGGCUUAUCAGUGA